UUAUUAUUGCCUUCAUCUGUUUUCCUCAUAAUACCAUUCUUCCUGAGCCCACCAUGUCCGUCUGCGGGAACUCGCCCACUCCCCCGCCACCUCCGCCCCCCAACGCCAUCCACAUGCACCCGCCACAGGUCACCCCAUCCGCCGCCAGCCACACGUCCCACCCCACACACCACACACCAGACGCCAGAGCCCAACAGUACUCUAUACGUCGCGCGUACUCAACCCCGUCCAUUGCAUUCCCGCUCCCACACCAAGCACCUCCAUCCUCUGCGCUUACACAUGCAUCUUACACGUCGAACAUGUCCGAGAACAUUACACGUUACACCCCGGGUGGUACGCCCCAGUCAAGCGCGUCGCGUCCAGGCAAUGGCAACAGCAAGUUUCCACCUAGCUUUGACUCGCCCACACCACAUGGCGCGAGAUACAACUCUGCAGUCAGGAUGGAUGGCAUUGAGGGCGCUGAGAUGCUCGAGUCUGGCGAUCUUGCAGGAAUUCAGCCCCCAGCGACCUUUCCCUUGCCCGAAUACCCUGCAUCUUUUAUGCGCGCGGAGCCGGUGCCCACGGAGGAAACGGAAGAGCUCCAAAGGUUUCUUCCCAAUGAUGGUAGUGUGAGAAAGUAUCGAUAUGGUGGCGCGUCCUGCAACCCAUGGGACUACAUGCUUGGUGAUGUCCCUGAUGCCGACUACGACCACCCUUUGUCUUCACGACCAGCCAGGUACGGACCUGACGCUAAGCACGGAUGUAAGGUUAGAAGACGGUUUACAAAGAGAGAGCUAGAGGCUCUCGAAGUGCUCUGGAGUAUUGCGAAAAGCCCCAGCAAGUAUGAGAGGCAGAGGUUGGGCGCGUGGUUGGGUGUAAAGACGAAACAUAUCACGGUCUGGUUCCAGAACCGAAGGCAGGAAGAAAAGAGGUAUUCACGCGACGGUCAUCAUGACGCUCCUCCUCCAUCUCGAUCCAACCGUGGCACCUUUGACCCUGUCACCGGUAAAUGGCGUCCCGUACCCGCAUCCUGCAUCUCCGGCCUCCAACCCCCACCCGAUGAUAAGAUUGCAGUCGUCCGUGCCAUUAGUCUCGGUGACGUGACACGUGAUAUGUGGUUAAAUAAGUAUCCUUCGUCGUCUGGACGCGGCAUGACUGCGUCGGCCAGGGUCAGUCCCACACCCAUGAGCCUCGCGGCCACCUCAAGAGGAAGGACUAUCAAAAAUGCGCACACCACCCCUUUGCUGCCUCGUAAUCAAUCAAGAUCUCUCGAUCAAGUGCUCCAGGCGCGCGAGAGCAGUUUUGGGACAGGUGCGCAGAAGCGAUAUCGCAGAGGCAGCGGUGAAUUUGUUAUCAAGGGAGAAGGUCAAGAUAGGAUCAAAGAGAUCCUGUCGCUCAUGCCAAGUGAUCCACCCAGCAUGGGGCUUGCAGAGUCGGAUGUCGAGGAAAGCGAUGAGGAUGAUGGUGGGAUUGAUGAGGAUGUCGAGAAGAGGAAAAGGGCAAAGCAAGCCAAGGCAUCUAGCACCUUGGCAGGUCUCGGCAGGGCAACACCUUACGAUGUCCUGGCCUCCAGCUCCAGGGCUAAGCUACUCGCAAAACCCAUCAGUGAGCACUCCAGCCGCAACCCUGUUCUUAGCCAACUCAACCCAAAUCUCUCCCACUUUGCCCCGCCCUCCAACCUUCGAAAACACACCCUUGAAUCUGUAGCUACAAACCAACCUACAAAGCGACAUCGUUCACGCGUCACCGGUCAUCCGAAUCCCAACUUUCAUGCGGGUUCUAGGACCAAGGACUUUAACAGAUCGGUUAGCACCUCUGCGCUCCCUCGUUCGUCGCGAGUGGCGGAAGGCCAAGGAUCAUCAUCAUCAUCAUAUCUUCCCUCACAACUCAAAACACCGAACCUUGGGUACACGCGUUCCCAUUCUGUCUCUUCCAGCAGUUCCCGGGUGAUUACUCCCGAAGAUGUCAAGGAUAAGCGAGAAGGCCCGCAAAUGCGGGGGCAGGCUAGGGGGCAGGAGAAGGAUCAAGAGGUCAUUGGUGCUGCGGAAAUGUUGUUACAGUUGUUUGGCGGGUCAUAGAUUGUUCACGAUAAUAGUUAUCACUGCUUAUUUCUUAUAUGAUCUUAAGGGAACCAAAAAAAAUUAGCAAUAUUGCAUCAGUGUAUUUAGAUCAACCAAAGCAAAAAGGGAGAAUGUCGAAAGUGCAAGGAGCUUCAGUAUUGGAUUCUCAACUUGGUUUUCAGAUUUUUGGUUUUUUUUUGUUUUGGUUUUAGUCAACUGGGUUUUUUUAUAUUUUGGUCUCAAUCAUCAUCUAUCUACAUGAACUUAUCUUGAGUGUUC